AUGCACGAUCGAACCGGUGUUUGUUUACACGAUCGAUUUUUACUACGACGUGCACCAGCACAAAUAGAUCAUCGAUUUAUAUGUCCGCCAUGGAGGCAUACACAGAUACCUGUUGAACUAUUCGAUCUGAUGACUGCGCCACCAUUCAUGUCGGUUCGUCUCUAUCGUUUGCAUUACGAAAUUCUACAAUUUUAUCAAUUUAUGAUUCCAUCGGAAGAAGAACAUGCUGUGCGACAACAGGUGAUCAAUCGAAUCACCAAUGUGAUUAAUCAAUAUUUACCUUCAGCUUCUGUGAAUAUUUAUGGAAGUUAUAAAACAGGAUUGUAUUUGCCAAUGAGUGACAUUGAUAUAAUCGUUCAUUCAAAAGAAGGUCGUUCUUGGUCAAUGGAAGAACUAGAAGCUUUAAUGUUAGUAUUACGUGAAGCCUUUUGUCGUCAUUGUAUAUGUACACAAGAAGGCAUUCAAAUAAUCAACGGAGCAACGGUGCCAAUUAUUAAAUUAACUGAUCGAAAGACCGAUGUGAAAGUUGAUAUGAGUUUCAAUAUGAACAAUGGCCUUCGAAGUGCUCAACUUGUUCUACAUUACCUCGAAGAAUAUCCAUAUUUGAAAUAUCUUGUCUACGUAUUAAAACAGUAUUUAUUACAACUUAAUCUCAAUGAAGUAUGGACAGGUGGCAUCAGCAGUUAUUCAUUAAUUCUUAUGUUAGUCUGUUUCUUUCAAACUUAUUACAAAAAAGAACAAAAUUCUCUCUAUUCGCCAUUCUUAUCAUCGUCAGGUAUGUCUACACCAUCGACAAAGGCCAUGAAAACUACAUCGACGUCAUCGAUAAAAACAAGUAGUACAACAGGUACAACGGAUGACUUCUCUUCAUCGACAUCCUAUCCUUCCUCGUCAGCUGCAUCGUGUACAUCCUCCGAUGAUAAUCAAAGUUGUAAUAAUAAUGUCAGUGAUACUGAUGAUGAUCAUUUCAUUCAAAAUAUCAAUCAUACUAUUCAACCGUCGAAUACAAUCGAGCAGGUCAAUCUCGGACAUAUGUUGAUAAGUUUUCUGGAAUUAUAUGGUAUCUAUUUUAACUAUGCGGAAACGGGCAUUCGAGUUCAAACGCCUCAUCAACCUGACCGUCCAGCUGGUUUUAUUAAUAAAGAGGAGUUGUUUAAAAAUUUCUGUUGUGGUCAUCGAACGAUCAAUAAUCUAUGUAUUGUCGAUCCUUUCAAUGAUAAAAAUGAUAUAAGUAAAGCAUCAUGGUUGACACCCAAAAUCAACUUAGCUUUUCGCGAAGCUUAUGAUAAGUUACUCCAAAGUGUUUCGGAACAAAAUACCACAUUGAAAAAUGCUCCUUCCAUUCUCUCAAAAAUUAUCACUGUGAGUGAAAAUACACUUAUGUAUCGAAAACGAUUGCGGACGAUCUAUCGUGAUUAUCUCAAUGAACAACGAACAGUAAAAUACAUUCAAUACGGUCGACUGAACUAUGAUUCAAUGAAUAAAUCAUUAGUACAGUAUACGAAUGGUAACCAAUUAAAGAAUUCAUAUUACACUCCUUAUCAACAACAAUUCUUAGCAUCAUACAAUCUAUUGCAUCGUCCACAAACUCAGCGAACGAAUCAUCAGAGAACUGCUACUGAUAAUGAUCAUCGAAAUACUGCAGAAUAA